GUGUGCUGCGUCGUGUCCCGUCUCCUCCUCUAGGAAGAAAAUCUGCGACUCCACUCCGCCAUGACGAUCUGCUCGAAGGUCUGGAUCUCGCUGCUGCUCGCGCUCGCCAUCGCGCUGUCCGCGCCCGCCGCGAGGGCGGAGGAGGCCGGCGCCGCCGCCGCGGCGGAGGGGGAGGGGGAGGCCGUGCUGACCCUUGACGCGGACAGCUUCGACGACGCCGUCGCCAAGCACCCGUUCAUGGUCGUCGAGUUCUACGCCCCGUGGUGUGGACACUGCAAGAAACUUGCCCCAGAGUAUGAGAAGGCGGCCCAAUUGCUUAGCAAGCACGACCCACCGAUUGUUCUUGCUAAGGUUGAUGCCAACGAGGACAAGAACAGGCCGCUUGCUACCAAGUACGAGAUCCAAGGGUUCCCGACCCUUAAGAUCUUCAGGAACCAGGGAAAGAACAUUCAGGAAUACAAGGGCCCUAGGGAGGCCGAGGGCAUUGUCGAAUACCUGAAGAAGCAGGUUGGCCCUGCUUCCAAGGAGAUCAAGUCACCAGAAGAUGCAACAACCCUUAUCGAUGACAAAAAGAUCUACAUUGUUGGCGUCUUCACAGAAUUCAGUGGCACUGAGUUUACAAACUUCAUGGAGGUUGCUGAGAAGCUGCGGUCUGAUUACGACUUUGGCCACACUUUGCAUGCCAACCACCUUCCACGUGGUGAUGCUGCAGUGGAGAGGCCUUUGGUUAGGUUAUUGAAGCCAUUUGAUGAGCUCGUUGUUGACAGCAAGGAUUUUGAUGUCGCUGCUCUGGAGAAGUUUAUUGAUGCUAGCAGCACUCCCAGAGUUGUCACUUUUGACAAGAAUCCUGAUAACCACCCAUACCUCUUGAAAUACUUCCAAAGCUCAGCUCCCAAGGCUAUGCUAUUUUUGAACUUCUCCACUGGACCAUUUGAGUCGUUCAAGUCUGCUUAUUAUGGUGCUGCAGAUGAGUUCAAGGACAAGGAAAUCAAGUUCCUUAUUGGUGACAUUGAAGCCAGCCAGGGUGCUUUCCAGUACUUCGGCCUGAAAGAGGAUCAGGCACCCCUUAUCCUCAUUCAGGAUGGUGAUUCCAAGAAAUUCUUGAAGGAGCAGAUUGAGGCUGACCAGAUUGUCUCUUGGUUGAAGGAGUACUUCGACGGUAAAUUAUCAUCAUUCAAAAAGUCUGAGCCUAUUCCUGAGGUCAACAAUGAGCCUGUUAAAGUAGUUGUGGCUGACAGCCUCCACGAUGUGGUCUUCAAAUCUGGCAAAAAUGUUCUUAUUGAAUUCUAUGCCCCCUGGUGUGGACACUGCAAGAAGUUGGCACCCCUCUUGGACGAGGCUGCCACCACACUUCAAAGUGAUGAGGAUGUCAUCAUCGCUAAGAUGGACGCAACCGCAAAUGAUGUGCCCAGUGAGUUUGAAGUUCAAGGUUACCCCACCAUGUACUUCGUCACUCCCAGUGGGAAGAUAACCUCCUACGACAGCGGCAGGACAGCCGAUGAGAUCGUCGACUACAUCAGGAAGAACAAAGAGUCCGGCACCCAGGAGACGUCAGAGAAGGCGGACUCAGUCGCCACGGAGUCUGUGAAGGACGAGCUCUAAUCAAGUGAGGUGUGGAUGCUUUUUGCUGUAAACAUGGGAGAGGAGGAAACCUGGCGCUAACAUGUUGACAGCUGCAACGCCAGAUUUUGCAAGGGAGAGAGGCAAAGAGAGAAAAGAGGGACCUGAUGUAUUGGCUCCCGUAUGUCUGUGUACAAUCAGCCAGUGGUACUUAGUUGAUGUUCUAAAGUGACAGUAGAGAGAAGGGAAUUGUGUUGAUGUUGGAUGAAUAAAUGGCGCUUCUAAAGUGGCUGCCGAUGCAUCGUUGUGUUGAUGUUGGAUGAAUAAAUGGCGCUUCUAAAGUUGGUGCA